GAUAACCUGAGAUCUCCAUGUCAAACUUGGUGGUCUGAGGUUGAAUUAGACUAGAUUCUUUGAGUAUUUUAUGAUUAUUAAGUUGUGUAUUAUAUACAGUUAAGUAAAAUGACUGCUGUAGAUUGGGAAGAAGUUAAACGCUUGGCAGCUGAUUUUCAGCGAGCCCAAUUGACUUCAACAUCUCAAGUCCUUUCUGAACGAAAUUGUGUUGAAAUAAUCACCAAGUUGAUUGAGUCAAACCUCUUAGAAGUAAUAUUUACUACAGAUGGUAGGGAAUAUAUUACACCUCAAUAUCUCUUGAAAGAAAUUAAAGAUGAGUUGUAUGUUAGUAGAGGAAGGAUAAAUUUGGUCGAACUUGCUAAAACAUUAAAUGUAGAUCUAAGUCACAUAACAGCUCGAAUACCAGAAAUAGAAAAAUCAUCAGGAUGUUCCAUUAUAAUGGGACAGUUAAUUAACAAAAACUAUCAGAGGACUAUUGCUGAGGAAAUAAAUGAAAGGUUACAAAGAGAUGGUCAAAUAACAACAGCUGAUCUUACUAAAUUAUAUGAUCUUCCAGGAGAUUUUUUGCAGUCUGUUCUUGAGAGAAACUUAGGAAAAAUAAUUAAAGCUAAACAAGAUAAAUCAGAUUCCAGAGUUUUUUUUACCCAAGCUUUUAUUGAAAAAUGUAAAGGUAUUGUAAAAGGGGCCUUACGAGCUUUAACCAGGCCAACACAAGUGUCAGCUAUUCUCGAAGCUACUGAUCUCCAAGAGAGAGAUUUUUACUAUGCUUAUGAUUGUUUGGUAGAAGAUAAGCAAACAUUUGGAUCUCUUACUGCAAGACAAGGAAAUGCUACAUUUAUACCUCAGAUGUAUACAAAACAGCAAAGUGAUUGGGUUCAAAAUUUCUACAAACAAAAUGGAUAUUUAGAGUAUGACGCUCUAACCAGACUGGGAAUAUCGGAUCCUGUCUCUUUCGUGCGAAGGAAUUACAGUGACCUACUGCAUUUACCUACUUGUGCUGUUGGGUCUCUGUUGAUUGAUCAAAUAGAGGCAGCAGUGGAAGAUGCCAUAUCAUCAAAUUCAUUUGUUGAUCUUAUGAUGAUUGUUCCAUCCAUAUUCAGCCCUGAUGAUGUGGCUAAAGUGCUUGAAGCUGUUAUGAAACGGAGCAAAGGGAAAUCAGCACCUCUCAUUUUCUCAGAUACAGUACUCAUUUCUGAAGGAUUUGUACAGGAAGUUCUUAAACCCUUUACAGAUAAAGGUAUUAUACAGAAGAAAGCACAACAGGCUAUCAAUGAUGGGAGCUACAUACAGCUUCAGAUGGAAAAGAAACUAGGUCGUUCUUUGGGAAAAGAAAAAAUGGAUGAUAAUUUUGACAGUAAGGCUGACAAGAAAGAAGAAAGACGAAAGAAAGCAGGAAGUGGAAAAAGUGGAGGCGGAACUCAGGGUCGAGAGACAAAAACAAAAGCUGCUCCUAAAAAAAAAGGUCGUUCCAGAAAAGAAAGUGGUGGUUCUGAAAAUGAAGUGAUCGAUAAAAAAUUAGAAUUUUUCACACCAGAAGAGGUUGAAGGUGAAUUAUCAAGUAAUAAGAAUCUGGAAGAACUUGAAGAUAGUGGAGUUUUAACAGACUUUGCAAGACAUAUUACUCCGCUUCUUAAUAAGACAACUUAUGAAACCACUGCCAGACUCUUUGAAGAAACUUUAGUCUCUGGUGCUAGCCAAAGAAGAAAAGCUCAUGUAGAGCUUGAAAACAAGCUAGAAAAUUGGUUGCUGGAAUUAAAACUAACUGAACGCUCAAUUAAAUUGUUUCCAUUUGCUGAUACUCAGUCACGACUUACAGCAUCAGUAUUAAGAAUGGUUGGAACAGAAGUUGUGAAUGCUAUAUUUUCCUAUGCUACGUCAGCAGAUGGAAGUAGUCCAGUUGAUCCUAAACAAAUUACAGCUGAAAUGAGGACGAAACUUUUGGCUGAUGUAAAUGGAGAUUUGCACGAUGCACUCGCUAGCCUGCAUAAAACCCUUUAUGGAAAUAGCCUAGAAGAAUUUAUUAGUUCAGCAGAAGCUGCCUUAUCAUUAACUGGGCUUCUUGGUAGAAAGUCAGAUAAGAAAAAAGAAAAGCAAUUCAUACAUAAGAGAAGAGAAUAUCUUUUGUCGGAACUAUCUAUCGAGACUACACCUGCUCUCGUCUUACAAUUAGCAACGCUCACCUUGUUUCAAGCUGCAACAGGCCAUAUCCUCCAAGUUAGUGGCAAGUUUGUACCUACAAUAUUGGCCUUCCUAAAACCUCAUCUCACAGAUGAAGAGAAUGCUAUUCUUCAAGCAUAUCAAGAUAAGUUAUUGAAAUUAUUAUCCGUCGACAGUGAAGAAAUGGAGGCAGAAUUAAAAACAAUCCUCAGUGAAGAAAUGCCUAAAAUAAAAGAAUUAGCAACGACCUAUAAGAAGAUGAUUCAAAAAGACAAUUAAUUUAUUACUUUUGUACAAAAUUUUUAUACAGUUUUUUUAAGUUUAAAAAGCUUUUAUUUAAUUCUUCAAAGUUCAAAACUAUAUGUGGAUCAUUCAAAAAUACACAAAAACAGCAAUAUGUAUAAAUUAAUAUUUUGAUGUCCUUGGAAUUCGUCGAAAUGUUGUAUAAUAAAAAAAACUGUUAUAAAUAUUGAAAAAAUUAAAUAAAAUCAGAACUCGAAAAGAAAUUAGUGUUUUUCAUGUGUAAUAUGAUUCUUUGAAAAACCUAGGAAUGUGACAGGAAAUGGAACUAAAUGAAAAUGCAAGUUCAUAAAACAUAGGUUUGUUAAAGGAGAAUAACAUAGGUUAUUACAGGAUUGAUAUUUCAAAAAUUAAACUUUUUUUUUUGUUGCAAAAACAGGACCUG